ACGGUGCAGCCGAAUACUCGCAGUUUAGUUGUGUAUCUCUGCAAGAAAAUGGCUGCGAAGGGAAACUUGGAACAUCUGUUAUUUUACAUUAACGGGAAAAAGGUCGAAGAGAAGAAUGUAGAUCCAGAGAUUAUGCUUCUGUUUUACCUCAGAGAAAAAUUAAGGCUGACUGGGACAAAGUAUGGCUGUGGUGGUGGAGGCUGUGGAGCUUGUACGGUGAUGGUGUCCCGGUACCAGGUUCGGACUAAAAGCAUUACCCACAUCUCAGCUAAUGCCUGCCUACUACCAGUAUGCCAGCUCCACGGAGCUGCCGUGACAACUGUGGAGGGCAUUGGAAACACCAAAACCCGGAUCCACCCUGUCCAGGAGCGCAUAGCUAAGGCCCAUGGGUCUCAAUGUGGGUUCUGCACCCCAGGGAUGGUGAUGUCCAUGUACGCCCUGCUGAGGAACAAGCCUCAGCCCACCCUGGAGGACAUCACUGAAGCACUGGGGGGUAAUCUGUGCCGAUGCACUGGAUAUCGUCCUAUUAUUGAUGGCUACAAGACAUUCUGUGGGGCUCCUGACUGUUGCCAAAUAAAUGGUAAAGGAAAAGAUUGCUUGAAUGGAGAUAAGUCAGAGGAAGGAUUAGAAAAUGGACAUCCAGAGCUGUUUGACAAGGAGAACCUUGUGCCUUUGGACCCUACGCAAGAGCUAAUCUUUCCCCCAGAGCUCAUUAUGAUGGCAGAGGGGGGUGGACAGAGAACUCACACGUUCACUGGAGAAAGGAUCACUUGGGUGUCACCCGUGACCCUGGAAGAACUGAUCAAGCUCAAGGCCAGCCAUCCCCAAGCCCCCAUAGUCAUUGGAAACACCAACAUUGGACUGGAAAUCAAGUUUAAAGGUGUCCUGCACCCCAUGAUCAUAUCCCCUACCAGGGUUACAGAACUUUAUGAAGUGACCCAAACGCCACAGGGGGUGAGUGUUGGUGCGGGCAGUAGUCUGUCAGCAGUAAGGGUUCUGAUGAAGGAACUGGUCCAGGAGCUCCCUCAUCAGCAGACAGAGGUGUUCAGAGCCCUGCUCCAGCAGCUGAACAACCUGGGAGGGCAGCAGAUCCGCAAUGUGGCCUCUCUUGGAGGGAACAUUGUUAGCGCCUAUCCAAAUUCGGACCUGAACCCUGUCCUUGCAGCUGGGAGGUGCAUCCUCCGUGUCAUAUCAGAGAGAGGUGAAAGAGAGAUUCUUCUGAACAAAGAUUUCUUUGUUGGCUUUGCCAAAACAACUCUGAAGCCCGAUGAGGUCGCCUUGUCGAUUUUCAUUCCAGUUUCAAAACAGGGGGAGUUUGUGAGAGCAUUCCGUCAGGCACCCCGUAAGGAGAAUGCCCUUGCCACAGUUACCACAGGAAUGCGGGUUAAGUUCUUCAAGGGCACCAGCAAGGUGGAGGACCUCAGUAUUUACUAUGGGGGCAUGGGACCUUGCACAGUGGAGGCCACCAAAACCUGCCAGGAAGUCAUCGGCCGGCCCUGGAAUGAGGAGACGAUGAGCCAUGCCUAUAGGCUCCUCCUGGAUGAGAUGGUCCUAUCUCCUUCAGCUCCAGGGGGGAAGGUGGAGUUCCGCAGGUCCCUCACUCUCAGUUUCCUCUUCAAGUUCAACCUGGAGAUGCGUAAACAGCUCCAAGAGAUGGAUGUCACCCUUGAUGACAUUGUGGGGGAAUUGUCCAGCGCUGUGUCUCCUCUUCCCAGGGAGCUGCAGCCGUCUGUCCAGGAAUUUCAGGAGGUGUCCCUAGGCCAGCCCAAUAAGGACCCUGUGGGGCGUCCCAUCAUGCACCGCUCUGCCAUUUGCCACGCUACAGGAGAGGCGGUGUACUGUGAUGACAUCCCCAAAUCACUGGGGGAGCUGUUUCUAGUAGUGGUGACCAGCACUAGGGCUCAUGCAAGGAUCAUAAAGAUAGAUUUCAGUGAAGCUCUGAAGCUGCCAGGGGUGGUGGACAUUGUCACUGCCCAGGAUAUCCCAGGCAUGAAGGUCUUCACUUUCAUGGGCCUCCAAGAGGAGUUGCUGGCUGAAGAGGAGGUAACCUGUGUAGGUCAGAUUGUAUGCGCAGUGGCCGCGGAUUCCAAGCAGCAGGCCAAGCGAGGAGCAGCGGCAGUGAAGAUCACCUAUGAGGAUUUGGCCGAUGCGGUGUUCACCAUUGAGGAAGCCUUAGAGAAAAAGUCUUUCUUUAAGCCUCAGAGGACACUAGAGCGAGGCUGUGUGACGGAGGCCUUUGCAAAGGCAGACCACAUACAUGAAGGACAAGUUCGUCUGGGUGGCCAGGAGCACUUCUAUAUGGAGACACAAAGUUGCCUUGUGGUUCCCUCUGGAGAAGAAAAGGAGAUGAAGGUUUACUUGUCCACUCAAUACCCUGCAUUAGCUCAGGAAUCGAUUGCUGAAACACUGGGCAUCCCCUCCAACCGAGUGUCUUGUCAUGUGAAGAGGGUGGGUGGCGGCUUUGGUGGCAAAGCCAUAAAGACCGCUACUUUGGCCUGCAUCGCUGCUGUGGCAGCCUGGAAGACAGGGCAGGCAGUGCGCUUUGUUCUGGAGAGGGGGGAUGAUAUGCUGAUAACGGGGGGUCGGCAUCCAGUCCUGGGAAAGUACAAAGUUGGCUUCAUGAGCGAUGGGAGGAUAGUAGCCGCAGACAUGCAGUAUUACGCCAAUGCCGGGUAUACCGAGGAUGAGUCCCUCUUGAUCAUUGAGAAGAUUCUGCUGAAUAUGGACAAUGCUUACAAUGUGCCCAACUUGCGUGGUCGGUCCACGGCCUGCAAGACCAACCUACCCUCUAACACAGCCUUCCGUGGCUUUGGCAUGCCCCAAAGCUUGCUGGCGAUAGAGAACAUGAUCACUGAUGUUGCCAUGGUAUUGGGUCGUACCCCUGAAGAGAUCCGUGAGAUUAAUAUGUACAAGGGAGUGUCGACAACCCACUACAAACAGGAGUUUGACCCCGCAAACCUUGCACGUUGCUGGGAGGAGUGCAAGGAGAAAUCGGAUUACCAGAGCCGGCGCACUGCCAUCGCCCAGUUCAAUCAGGGCAGCCGCUGGAAGAAGAGAGGCGUGGCCAUCGUCCCCAUCAAGUACGGCAUCGGUUUCUCCGAGAGCUUCCUCAACCAGGCAGCAGCUUUGAUCCACAUCUACACAGACGGAUCAGUGCUUGUGAGUCACGCAGGAAUCGAGAUGGGUCAGGGAAUCCACACCAAGAUGCAGCAGGUAGUGAGCCGUGAACUGGGAGUCCCCACUUCCCUGGUCUAUAUCACGGAGACCAGCACCACUACCAUCCCAAAUGCCCCCCCCUCUGCGGGAUCUUUUGGCACUGACGCUAAUGGCAUGGCAGUGAAGGAUGCUUGCGAGACCUUGCGCCGCAGACUUGAGCCUAUCAUCCAAGCAAAUCCUAGUGGAACCUGGGAAAGUUGGAUAAACAAGGCCUACUUCGAGAGAAUCGGUCUUUCUGCUACAGGAUUUUACAGGGGUCAAGACCUGUACAUGGAUUGGGAGAGGAAUGAGGGUCAACCCUAUGCCUAUUUCACCCACGGGAGCUGCUUUUGUGAGGUGGAGGUCGACUGCCUGACUGGAGACUACAGGAAUAUCAAGACUGAUAUUGUGUUUGACAUUGGGCGCAGUAUCAAUCCCUCCAUCGACAUUGGUCAGAUUGAGGGGGCGUUCAUGCAGGGGAUGGGACUUUACACUCUGGAGGAGCUGCAGUUCUCUCCAUCCGGAGUGCUUUACACUCGCGGCCCCUCCCAGUACAAGAUCCCUGCAGUGUGUGACGUCCCUCUGUCAUUCAACAUCUACCUGCUGUCAGGAACCAAAAACCCCAAAGCUAUCUACUCCUCCAAGGGCAUCGGAGAGCCGGGGGUGUUCCUGGGCAGCGCGGUGUUCUUCGCCAUCAAAGACGCGGUGGCGGCUGCACGCCAGGAAGCGGGGCUGGACGCACCCUUCUCCCUGAACAGCCCCGCCACUCCAGAGAGGACCUGCAUGGCCUGCGCCACGCCCUUCAUGCAGAUGAUUCCUGUAAGCAAACCUGGAUCCUACCAGCCGUGGGCCAUCGAAUUGUGAAAAUAUUAAAAAACUUCAAAAAAGUGAUUCUCCACAUUCCCUGGUGUCAUUGAGGACACUGUUUCCUGAACCAGAACGUCACCCCAUCAUAUCAGAAGAGUGAAACCAUUAAAAGUCAUACUGUAGAUUACUUACCCCAUAUGUAUUAAGCAGAGCUGUACAGUAACAAGCAAAUCAUGACCAAAACAAGGACAAACAUCUCCUGAGUUGAUUAUACCCUGCUACACAGCUAAGUCAGCCGCCUUACCAUAAAUCUGUGUGAAUGUGUGAACAGUGCAUUGUCCUUGAGGUGUAUUAGUACCCUAAGAUCACCUUUUGUCUAGUUAUUUACAGAUACCAAGGGUAUGUUUCCUUCAAUGCUUAUUUGAAGGACGUUACUGUAAAUGAGCACACUGCCAGUACAUAUCUUUUAGCCCAAAAUAUAUAGGCAAUAUACCUUUUGGGUUAAAGCAGGGGUGUCAAACUGAAUUCCCAGGGAGCCGCAGUGUCUGCAGGUUUUUGUGGUUUCCUUUCAAUCAGCUGCCAAUGAAGGCCUUGAGAACAAGGUGUGUGGAUUCUUUAGCCAAUCAAUGACUUGAAUGAACCAGUUUGACACCUGUGGUUUAAAGAAUAGACAACCAGACAGUGAUGUCUACAUCAUUAAUGUAAGCUUUUAGUUUUCCAGAAAAUGAUUUGAGUUAAAUCCCCUAUUUUUUGCUCCUAUUCCUCACCCCUGUCCUCCAUCAUUCCUUUGAGGAUUGAUAUCUCAGGGGUGCACAACACUGAUCCAUUAGAGGAUUUUUUACAGGAUUUUCUUCUCUUAAUUACUUAAUUAGCUCAAUCAUAGCUUGACCGGAAAUUUAUGUAAGCCCCAGGCUGCAACUAUAUUCUAAAGAUUUUGCUGUGCUCAUGUACAGAAGUGGACCAAUGUAGUUUAUACAGCUGUCAGGAAGACUAAAUCCAAGCUAAGUAAAAAAUUAGAGUUGUGCACCCCUGCUAUACACAUUGCAAUAUACCCGUAAGCACAAAGUUGAUCUUAGAGAAUAGUAGAGGUGUAUCUGAAUUUAUAAUCAUUUGAGUAGCGUGUCUGUUGAGUAAAGAAAUUACUUGUACUGGGCACUAGCCCAAGUGGGUGCAGUCUUAUCUUAUGUGUCAGUAUGGGUGCAAGGUCAUAAUUGGUCACUGGCAGCCUGUAGUGUAGUGGUUAAGCUGCAUGACUGGGACCCGCAAGGUCGGUGGUUCGAUCCCCGGUGUAGAUCCGCACAGCUGUUGGGCCCUUGAGCAAGGCCCUUAACCCUGGCUACACACCCACCAAGCAGGAUCAAAUGUAUUGCAAAAAGUUGGGAGGAAACCUUGUUCAAGGUUGUACAGAGGACAGGGUGGAUUCAUUGCAUCGUGCCUUCAAGUGGGAGACUAGCACAGGAUUUUUCUAGAGACAUUCCGUAUAUACCCACUGUAGAUCAAGAUGAAGACUAAAAUAUCCUUAGUUCCGAUCGCAUUGUACUCUCUCCAGUGUAUUUGUAAUCAGAUUGGGGUGUGCUUUAAAUGCCAAACCACAAUCUCAAUCUUGGUCCUGGGGAACUCUGUGUAUGCUGUUUUUUGCAACAGCCAAUGUGUUCAAUUUAUUUACAUUUUCCCCCAAUUUUUUCCAAAGUGUCUUCUCCAGCCCCAUCCUACGAUUGUGUGGUUAGUAUUUUCUUUCUAUUUUUGUUGUAAUGUGUCAAACUAUUUUGCUAUUUGUGUCAAACUAUUUUCCUGUUGGGGCUUUAGCCAUUCUCCAGCCAUAAUGUUUAACUGAUGAAGACUGAUUUUCUACUAGUUUGGUUAAAAUGAAAAAAUGUGUGCAAUUAAACCAGAAUUAUUUGACUGCUAUGGA